AUGGAAAGCAAUCAGUAUGGAAAAUACCUAAUUGGAGGCUCCCAGCUAGCCAUGAUCCCCAAAUAUUCAUUGAUGGGGCCUUUCAGAGGACACAUGAGCAUCAAAAGUAGCCCCUUCUCUCCAAGUUCUUCCUGCAAGCUAUCAAGUCAGUACAUUGUUGAAGAUCACAUGGCAACACAUUACAGAAAAUUGCUAUCUGCCAAAGCCACUGUGGAUUCAUCUGCUCCAAAGAGUUUGAACAUGAGCAUCAAAUACAGAGACCAACAGAAAAGAGAGGCCCUUAUCAAAGCAGUUGAGAAAUACAAGAAAGAAACGGCACAGAUCCUUUCAGCCCCUCUAGGUCAUUACAGGAGCAUUUCUAGUCAUCAUGAUAAAUUACAGAGCAGCCUGGAUUUGGCUACAAGUAGAAGAAUGCCAUCCUUGAAAGAAAAAGACGAGCACUUCCCCGAAUGUAUCAAGAAGCCACAUUCAAGAACUCGGUCCCAAGUUUUAAGCGCAGAGGAGACCAUCCAGGAUAUUGUCCGGUGGUCUUUAUCUCAGGCUCUCUCCAAUGGCAAGAAGACAGUUUACCAGCAUCCUGUGCCACUUGGCCAGUCUCACAGACUGAGCCCUUCUCUGAGCCACAGCAGAAAGACAUCCCGACCCCUUCAUAAGAAAACAUUACAUGGAGACCCAUUGGAUGUCCAUAGACAAUGGUUUACAGAAACAAAAAAGCCCUUUACACCAAAAGUUUUAAAAACACCAAAUAAAUCAUUCCUUUCAAAAUACAGGUAUUAUAAUUCUCCACACAGAAAGAAGACCUUCUUGUCUGAUAAACCAUUGCACAAAAACCCAGGAAAGCUUUAUAGGGCUUCAGAAGAUGAAUGUCUAAGAUCUUAUGCAGAUUACUUCACGCGGCAUCCACUCAAGAAACAUCAGGAGACUUCAGUUUCUCUGCAAGCACUGCUUCAGGCAAAAGAAGAAGAGUUGAAGUACCUUCAGUUUCUUAAGGAAAUUACAAAUGACAUUUUGAUCAGAAGCUGUUACCAGAACAAGGCACUUGGUGAUAUAUUUCAGUUACAUGUUAGAAGCAGGAGGUGUGACCUUGAUGAGGUAAAAAUGCAAAGAAUUUUUCGUGCCCUGAAGGAAGAUUUGAACAACUGCACUGAUCUGCCAGAUCCUUCUAUCAGUUACUUUGGCUUAGAACACAGGAGUCGUCACCUCAUUGCAUCAAAUAUGUAG